CCACGGCCCUUCUCCAACUUUCCUCGUCCUCUUCAAUCACCUCUCUUCUUCCCACUCCUCCUCUCCUCUCCUCUGCAAAAGCGCAAUCGCACACGUACAGCGCACCCAAGAGCACCGAAACCCCCUUUUUCCAACUCCCACCAUGUCCAACUUCAUGUCCGGCGGCGGCGUGGAGUGCGGCCCCACCAGCGCCCUCAAGGAUGUGUCAUCUCGCGUAGACCGCGACUACGGCCUCCAGCGUGACCGCUACGGCGCGCAGCCCCAAGCCGGUCCCAGCGCCGGCCCCAGUGCAUUCCGCACUCGGCCUGGCGCACCAGCAGCACCUGCUACAGCCGCGCAGCCUUCUUUUGACCUCUCGCAGCUUCGCUCGCACCUCCCCGCCCAUGCUGGGCCAGUGCAGGCGGGCCCCGCAAUGCACAUGCAGCCAGCACAGAUGCAGCCAGCACAGGCACAAGCGCCCUCGCGCUGGGCAGAGGGCUUUGACGCCAAGGGCAAGUCGCGCGCCGUCGACGGCACAUGGGGCAACGAGUUUGGGCGCCAGCAGUCGGCCUCGCCGGCACUGCAACAACCGCAGGCCGCACCCUGGCAGCGCGGCGGCCCGGCGUUUGCCGAACCCCGAUACAUGGGGAAUAUGGGUAUGCCCAUGAUGUCCCAGCCCAUGCCGAUGUACCAGCCGCAACCUGUAUUCCAGCAGGCGCCGCCGCUGAUGCAUCCUGCGCCGCAAAAGGCCGUGCCGCUGCCGCCGACCCAAGUGCCUCAGCAGCCGGCCGAGCAGCAGGCGCAGCCCCGACAGGCUGACCGGCCACAGGACGAUCUUGCGCGCACGGCACAAGCCCUCGUCGAGCAACUCGACAAGGAGGAGCUUGGCCAGAACCAGAAGCUCGCCGAGAGCCAGUUCGUGCGUCUGCUCCGCGGACUAGGCGAUGGAUCUGUGGUUGUUCAGGAAGGCUCGGGUGCUGUGCAGGAGGGCACGGAAGUGAGCGAGGGCGCCAAGUUCGUCGACGCCAACGGCGGCGGGGACUGGGCGAGUGCUUUCCUCGGCAGUGGCGCGGCUCCGCAGACGACGCAGCAACCGUCAAUGUCCACGGGCGAUUUCCAGGUGCAUACAUCCGGCGGCGCGAGGGAGACCGGGAGGCCCUUCGCUGACUUCCAGACGGCGCUUACGAUGAACGACGGUGUGAUGGGCCAGCGGCGCAAGAGCGUGCACUUUGACGAGCCUGCCGUCGUGAGCGGCGUGCCGUCGACUCUGGCAGAGGCGCAGAAUAUGACGGCCACGGCCGUGCCUGCGGCCGCGACGUCAUGGGAGGAGGACCUGAGCGACGACUUCAACGACGAAGCUUUCAUGCAGUACAACGGGCGCAUGCCGCAGGUUGCCGAGCAGACGGGGCAGACGACGUCAGACCGCGAGGGGUGGGACGAGCUCACGGCGCCCUGGUAUGCCCAGGAGACGGAGCAGCAGCCGUACCUCUUCCACCAGGCGAACCCGUACGCGAUGGGUGCACCGAUCGUGCGCGAGCUGUCGCCGACGACGAUGGGUGUGCUCGAGCUGGAGGCUGCCGUGCAGCAGGAGCCGCGGGAUGCGUCAGCAUGGCUAGCGCUUGGCCUGAAGCAGCAGGAGAACGAGCGCGAGGACGCGGCGAUCAGAGCGCUGCAACACGCGGUCGAGCUGCAGCCGGAGACGCGGCCAGCAUGGCUGGCCCUCGCGGUGUCGUACACCAACGAGGGGAAGAACGACCGGGCGCACGACGCGCUAGAGCGGUGGAUCGAGCUCACGCAGCCCGGCGCGGCGGGCGAGACGAUGGGCGAGAGCCGGGAGGAGCGUGCGACGCGCAUCGUAAACCGCCUGAUCGACAUUGCGCGGCAGCGGCCCGACGACUUGGACGUGGACGUGCAAGUAGCGCUGGGCGUGUUGUUCAACGCGUCCGAGGACUACGCAAAGGCCGAAGACUGCUUCACGGCGGCGCUCGAAGCCCGCCCCGACGACUGGGUGCUGUACAACCGCCUGGGCGCGACGCUGGCCAACUCGGGCCGCAGCCACGAAGCCAUCAAGUACUACCACCGCGCGCUGGGCUUGCACCCCAACUUUGUGCGCGCACAGUUCAACCUCGGCAUCUCGUACAUCAACCUCGCGCAGUACCGGCUCGCGGCGCAGUGCAUCCUCGACGCGAUCCGCCUGCAGCACUCGGACGUGACGGAGGGGUAUGGCGCCGACACGGCGGGCCAGAACACCAAGGGCGUGACGUCCGAGGCGCUGUGGACGACGCUGCGCAUGGCGUGUCUGCAUCUGCAGCGCCCGGACCUUGUGGCGCUUGCGAGCCACCAGGAUUUGGGCGGGUUCCCGCUGGAGCUUUAGUGGCGGCGUAGGCUGUGGGCGUUGUCGAGCUGGAAGCGAGGCGCUAGACGGGGUAAUCAUGUACUAGUUGUGAUGUAGUGUUGGAUUGCGUUGCAGGCGUUGCAGGCGUUGCAGGCGUUGCGGAC